AUAGGAAUGGAAGAAGAAGUGACGGAGAUCAAAUGCGAUAGAAAUGAAAUUGGUCGAUUUUAUAAAGCAGCUGAUAGACCACCUAUUGCUUUAUCAGUUCUUUUUGGAUUUCAACAAGUGAUGGUGUGUGUAAGUGCAUUAUUAACAAUCCCAUUAAUUUUAUCGAAUGAAUUAUGUCCUGGCAAAGAUCUAUACGACAUUCGAGUUAAAUUAAUUUCAUCGACAUUCGUUGUUAGUGGUAUUUCAACUAUAAUACAAACAUUAUUCGGAACAAGGUUAGCACUUCUUCAAGGUACAGCUUUUGCAUAUGUUCCAUCUAUUCAAGUAUUUAUGCAGUUACCUGACUAUAUAUGCAAUUCUACUGAAUUUGACUAUGUUCCGCCUUAUCAAUAUGAAAAUAAAAUGGCAAUUAUUGAAGGUUGCUUGAUGGCAUCAUCGGUGAUUCCAAUGGUUAUUGGUUUGACUGGUGUGGUCGGUGUGCUUACAAAAUUUAUUGGUCCUAUAACUGUUUCACCGUUAAUACUUCUUUUAAUGUUGUCCGCCGUUGAUCUUUGCGUUGAUCGCAUUGCUAAACAUUGGGUUGCUAUUGUGCAAGCGGUGGCAUUAUUUGCAACAAUAUUAUAUUUAGCAGACUGGAAAAUACCUAUUGUUUGCAUUAGAAAAAAAAAGUUGCACAUUGUUAGAACAAAUAUAUUUGGGCAGUAUCCAUAUUUAAUAGCAAUUCUUAUUGCUUGGGGUUUUUGCUUGUUAUUGACUAUAUUCAAUUUAACACCGAAAAAUAGUGCCGCUCGACUUGAUAAAAAUGAAACUGUUGCAGUUAUAAAGCAUGCGGCAUGGUUUCGAAUACCUUAUCCUGGUCAGUUCGGAUUACCUCGGUUUCAUAUGGGUCUUUUUCUUGCUUUCGUUAUAUCAGCUCUUACGUCUGUGUUUGAAUCUGUUGGUGAUUAUCAUACUGCGGCACGUGUAUCAGACGAAAGGUCUCCUCCAUCACAUGCAAUUAAUCGUGGAAUUAUAGCUGAAGGAUUCGGAUCAUUUUUAUCAGGGAUAUUUGGUCCUGGAGUCGGUAUGACAACUCAUACGGAAAAUAUUGGCGUUAUUGGAGUAACAAGGGUCGCUAGUAGAUUCACGAUGGUAAUUGCGGGGGUUUUUUUAAUUUUGUUAGGUACAUUUACAAAAAUCGGUGCAAUAUUAGCAACUAUUCCCGAUCCGCUUGUUGGUGGUGUUCUUGCUAGUAGUAUGGCAAUGGUUGGUGGCGUCGCUAUCGCCAAUCUUCAACAGAUCGACCUCAAAUUGACGAGAAAUAUCGCCAUACUUGGCUUCUCUUUAAUGGUUGGAAUGAUUGUCCCAGCAUAUUUUAAAAAGGAACCAAUAUCCACUGGUUUUUUUAUUUUUUGUAUAUGGUUUAAUAUUGUAGGAGUCGAGAUUCUUGAUCAAGUGUUUAAAGUGUUAUUAACUUUGCCAAUGUUUGUUGGUGCCACUAUUGCUUGCAUAUUGGACAACACUGUUCCAGGGGCUACUCGCGAACAGCGUGGAUUGCGAUCGAGAGGUUUAACUCAUAUAUUGGACGCGGAUGCUGUUGAUACCUAUUCAUUCCCAAAUUUUUUAAUGAAAUUAAUUCAUAAAUUCCCUUCUCUUAAUUUUUUACCAUUUAUUCCUAAAGAAAAGAAAACGACAAAUCGAAUAAGUUCUGUUGUAUUGUAA